GCUCUACGUAACUUCACCAAAAACAUGCUACUGCUCCUGUGUUAGGGUCAACUGACUUUUUCAUUUAUUUAGCUGCUCUUUUCUGUAUGUUGAUGCGUUUUAUUACCAGUAAUUACAAUAUGAUACGUCAAAAUAUUUCUAAAACAUCGUGAGGCUUAUUUGCUUAACGGUUGUUGCUGCAGAGCUAACAACAAAAGCUAGUAAGGAUCAAGCUCCUUGGCAAAAGCUGCCAUGGCUUAUGCACGGAUAUUUAAAGCACUUAGUCAUAAUUUACCACAAACAGCGUCUCGGUAUAUGAUAAAGUCUUGUAAACUUGGACACGUUCGCUUCAUCGGUCACACGGACAGAGUCUUUUCUACUUCACGAUCUCCCUUUGAAAGAACUCACUCGGACCUCUGCACCGUGAGUUUCAUUCACAGCAUAAAAUGGAGAGGGAUUUCUGUCGACUGCACCAAGACAAAUAAAAGUAGUCCUGAGGAGAGUAGAGGGAAGUCUGUCUCCAGAUUUCAAGGUGGGAGUCCCCAGGCUUCAGCUGCACAGAAAGUCAAAGAUGCAGGCAGAGAUUUCACCUAUUUGAUUGUUGUACUGAUUGGACUUGGAGUGACAGGUGGACUUCUCUAUGUGCUUUUCCAGGAGCUUUUCUCUUCCUCCAGUCCAAAUAAGGUUUAUGGUAAAGCUUUCAACUUAGUCAAGUCAAACCCAGAGGUAAUUGGUGCAUUUGGGGAACCAAUCAAGUGCUAUGGUGAAACUACUCGUCGUGGUAGAAGACAGCAUGUCAGUCAUUUGGAGUUUCUCAAGGAUGGACUCAAGCAUUUGAGGCUCAAGUUUUACAUUGAAGGUUCAGAGCCAGGAAUUAAAGGAACAGUCCAUUCAGAAUCGAAAGAGAAUCCUGAGACUGGGAGGUACGAGUUUCGGUACAUUUUUGUGGAAGUAGACACUUAUCCACGAAGAACCAUCAUUGUGGAAGAUAAUCGGUAGAAGCCUUACGCUAAAACGCAACUGUGAAAAUAAGGAAAGUGAAUUUAUAAAACCAAUUUAUGUAUGUAAUGCAAACACAAAUACAAGUGCAUUGUUGAAUUAAUAAAAGUCAUUUGCUUGCAA